AUGCGUCUCCUGACUCCUGUGCUUCUCGCCGUGACGGCAAGCGCCAGGGUCAUAGGCCGCGCCGGUCUCUCCGACAAUGAUUCACUCCAGAUUUCCCGGCUACUCUUCAAUGAUACCGAAACAGGCAAUACCACUCUGCGAUUCGAUGUCUACAAUCCAGACCCGCUAAGCAAAGCCAACACAACAUGUUCUGGUACCUGGCCGCACGAUACCGCAUAUCCUGUAGACUACACUUUAUGUCAAGACGGCAACUUCACAUGGCGACUGGAUGAAUACUCCGGCGUCCAAUCCUUCACCCUCGGGUUGACACAUACCUACGAAGAUCCUGCCAUUGGCGACCCUCCCUACGACACACUCCGCGUCUUCGCAAUGGCAGUCAUGAACGAAACCGUGCUGGUGUUGGCGUCUGGAAACGGUACGACCACUGCUAUGCAGUCUAAUGGCACGAGCACGAACGCUCCAAUCUAUGCUAUAGUUGCAUAG